AUGGCAUCCCAAAAAGAAACGGUCAUUGCUAAGUGGACUGAGCCAUUGACGCAAUUAUUGGUAAGCUUGAUGGUAGAUGAGGUUAAGAAAGGGAAUCGAACUACCUCUACCUUCAACAAAGCGGGGUGGACUAACAUUCAACGCAAGUUCAAUAAGCAAACAGGGUGCCAAUAUUCUAUGUACAAGUUCAAGAACAGGGCAUUCAAACCGAAAAAGCUGUAUGGCGCUUUCAAGAAGCUCCUUAACCAAACCGGAUUUGGAUGGGAUAAUAUAAACAACGGGGUUAUUGUGGAUGAUGAAACUCUGUGGGAGAUUCAUGUGAAGAUAAAGUUUUUCAUUUCUUUCUUUCUUUUCACCUUGCAAUAUCGUGUGGUGUCGUCUGUUGAUGCCUUUCGUUUUAUAGGAAAUAUGGAGGGAGUUAUCGCGAUAGCUUCGGUUGGAGAAAAUGAACCAAGUUGGGAAGACUUUGGUGAUGACUAUUAUCAUAUACUUAUGGCAUGGUUGUGUCUUGGUAAGCUACACAAAGAUAUGCGCACGAGAGAACCUAUUAGGGAUAGUGCUUUCUCGGGAGCGCAAUGGAUAAGGGAAAUUAUUCAUGGACAUUCUGAUAGAGUAUGCGAAGCAUUUAGAAUGGAGAGACAUGUUUUUCUUAACCUAUGUGGAUUGUUCACUGCAAGAGGUUGGUUGGGUGACAGUCGAUAUCUUAAAGUAGAUGAACAGGUUGGGAUUUUCUUAUAUCUACUAUGUCAUGGCGGUUCCAAUAGAGACUUGACCGAGAGAUUCCAAUGUUCUAGACAGACUAUUAGUUGGUACUUUAAUUUAGUUCUAAAAGCGGUUCGAAAACUUGCAAAGGAGAUUAUUGCACCACCUCUCUUUGAUGUUGUUCCACUGGAGAUUCUUAUGGAUCCUAAGCAUAAGCCUUACUUUAAGGGGUGUGUGGGUGCCAUUGAUGGCACUCAUAUUGGUGCGAGAGUACCUGCUGCGCUGCAAAACCGUUUUAGAGGUAGGAAGGGAACUACCACCCAAAACAUAUUAUGCGUGUGUUCGUUUGAUAUGAAGUUUGCAUUUGUCUAUGCUGGUUGGGAAGGAUUUGCCAACGAUUGA